UGGUUUGUUACUGACUCAGUAGUAUCAAAGCCAAACGACAGCCUGAACACACACACACACACACACGCAUACGCACAUACAUAUAGCAAGAGUGAGGACGUUUAAAAGAGUGAGUUGUAAGAGAGAAGCAAAGAAAUCCUCGGUUAGCCUCUCUUCUUUCAGUCUCCUUGUUGUUUGGCAUCCCUGAUAUGACCCUGUUCAGCCCGAGAUACAUGAGCAUGAGUGGAGAGUUGAAGACCAGCCGUUCCAGGGCAGCAAAUAAGAGGGCCAGCAACACUACUUAUGGAUCUGAGUUUGACCUGGACUAUGACAGCUACCAUGAGGACUACUAUGACAGGGUGUAUGACUACCAGCGUGUGCCAGCAUCCCUGUCUCCCCUGCCUCCCCUGGGACCCAGUCUGGCGAAGCGAUCCCGUUCCUCCUCCUACUCCACCGGGCACAGACGCAGUCGAGACAGAACUCACUCCAAAAGCUCCAGAGCCCACUCCACCAGUUCAUCCAAGUUGGGCAUGGAGGAGUUGCAGGUGAUUAAAAAGGAGCUGACUCUGAUAAAGACACAGAUCGAUGGGCUGCUUGACAGUCUUGACAGGAUGGACACACAGAGGAAUGACCACAAAGGGUCUCCCCUGAGAGAGGACAGUCCAGCUGGCUCACCGUACGCUCUGUCGGCCAGCAGCCCAGAGCAUUCCCUUUCCUCCCUCUCUCCACCCAGCUCCCGCCAUCGAAUCCACAGGGAGAGCUCUGAACUGAGGGAGCCAGAGGAUGACCACCACACGAUGAGCAACCACAGCUCUGACCCUGAGGAGGAAAUAUGAGGAAGGAAAUGAAACAUAGACCAUGUGGAUGAAGUGCCAAACAUGGGGGAAGAGAACAACCAACAAGCAAACACUUAUAUCAGCAGCUCCACUUCCCUCCAACAGGGUGUACAUAUCAGAUAACACAAUACAUUUAACUGUAUCACAGCAGCUCAGUUUCGAAACAGAAAAACAAAAACACUGACACAGGUGACGUAUACACACUACAAACAUCAACAUUACAGUGGCACGGUGUUGCAGUGGUUAGCACUGUCACCUCACAGUAAGAUAAGGAUAAAUGUUUAAUCCAAUGAAAAAUGAAAAACUCUUUGAUUAAAACACUAUAAACAAGUUGUUAAAGCUAAAGCAAUCUGAUAAUCGCGAGGAAACUCUAUAAAUCACAUAGAGGUGAAGCUGAGCAGCAAGAAGACAUCAGAGAGACAACCAGCAAAUAUAUUCUGUAUAAAAUAUGAUCCAUUGCACCAAAAUCACUGAAUAAAGUUUAAUAAAGUUCUGCUUUUGUACAGUAGUCAGUGAGGCCCGGCCAUGUAGCAGCCAUCAGAAUUACUCACAGACUGUAUCAAACACGAGCCACUAAGCUCUGGUGGCGUCAAAGCGAGAAAGAGAUUCAUUGGAUGCAUAACUGUUAUAGGCCCUGUGUGCAGGACGAGUCAUCAACCACUUUUUAUCGUUUAUCCUGAAAUAACAAACUCUGAAAUAUCAUUAAGAAUACUUUUUUGACAUUGCUUGGCCAGAUACAGGUGAUAUGUAAUACAUAUAUAAAACACUUUAAUCUUCAAUUUGGGGAAUUUAAAGGAAAUGUUGGAUUUUUGUUUAUGGAGGACCUUCAAGAAGAUAAUCUACAAAUAAUAUUGAACCGUGCAUCAAAUCUGUGCAGUUGUAAACCAUGUACACAGCUUACUUAGCAUUUUCAGUAUUGUGUAUACUGUAAAAUGGAAAUCAUCUCUGUGGAUCUCAAAGUAUUUUGAAAAGCAAAACAAAUCUUUACACUCAAAUUUUUUGUUGGUGUUCAACUCAUUUUUUUUGUCUUCAUUGUGUAAUUCAAAGGUGUCAGAAUUUAGCUCACAGUAAUCCUUUAGAGACUGAAUAGUCACGCUGAUGAUUCAGGAGAGAAACCGGUUGUAUUCGUAUGCUAUGAGAGUGUGGCUCUCUGACAGAAAUGUAAUACAGUUUACCUAGUUAUGUCACACUGUGUUUUCUCUUCUUUAAAUGUGUUAAAGGAAUGUUACAACUCUCUUCCACCAUGUAUUUGGCACUUUGAGACGUGCAAAGACCCAGGUCAGUGUGUAAUAUUGUGUAUUAUUGUAAACUUUACUGUAAUUGUUGAACUGUCUGAUUUUAAUCUUGCUUUAGGACUUCUCAUGUGUUUUUUAAAGAAAACGAUGUUAUUAUAAUUCCUAUGAUGUUACAUUUUUUUGUUUGCAUUCUUAAGAUAAGCCAAGUGGAAAUACUCAUUGUCACAGUAGUAAAAGUAUUUUCAUAUUGAGUAUAAAUAUA